GCAUUUCAGCUUUGUUUUUAUUUUUCAAGUUAUGACACUAGGCGGCUGAACUUAAAGUGAUAUGCUGGAAUUGCAUUUGCUUCAUUUCUAAGUUUAGCAAUUGGAAGAAUGUGCAUGUAAUAAAACAAAAUGAGUUAUCCAUAUGGAGCUGGUUACCCAUCUCAACAAGGGUCACAGGUACCCACUUAUCCACCUUAUCCAGGUAGUCAAGGAAACCAACAGGCUCCUAUUGGUUUCAAUAUAAACAAUCCUCCACAGCAAGGAUAUCCUUCUUCAGCAGGAGGCUAUCUCCCACAUGCAGGGGGAACUUAUCCUCCACCACCAGGAGGUGGGUAUCCUCCUCAGUCAACAGGAGGAAGUUAUCCCCUGUCUUCAUCAGUACCAGGUUAUCCUCAACCCACAUUGCAGGGAGGUUAUACCAUUCCUUCUUCAGGUGGAAGCUAUCCCCCACCUUCUGGAGUAGGUUAUCCUUCUUCAACAGGAAGUAGCUACCCUCCACCUUCUUCUGGAGCAGGUUAUCCUCUUUCAUCAGGAGUAGCUUAUUCCUCACUAACUGGCCAAGGUUUUUCUCCUUCAACAGGAAGCAGUUAUCUUCCACCCUCUGGAGCAAGUUAUGCUUCUCCAACAGGAGGAAGAUUUUCUUCCCCUCCAUCUGGAGAAGGUUAUCCUUCUCCUCCAACACAAGGAGGCUAUCUACCUUCUUCUGUAGCAGUUUAUCCUCCUCCAACAGGAGGAACCUAUCCUUCGCCUUCUGGAGCAAGCUAUCCUUCGUCACCAGGAGGCCAUCUCCCACAAACCUUGAGCUAUGGAAGUGGUUACCCACCAGGUCAGCAGCCUCCUGCUAACUUGUACAGUUCUACUACUCCAUACCCAGCUCAGCCUUCAGGAGGCCAUGGAGCUUUAGCACAGUCUGUGUACCCUCAGCUAUCUGUUGCAGUCUGCCCAAGUGUUCCAACUCAAAGUCUUUAUUCUUCAACUGGUGGAAAAAGUAGUUACACCACGAUGUCACAAUCUCAACAAGGCACGGUUGUACCAGCCCAGCCGUUUGAUCCACAGGCUGAUGCCCAAACCUUACGAAAGGCUAUGAAGGGUUUAGGGACAGAUGAAAAAUCUAUUAUUAAUGUUUUAGCCAGACGUGUCAAUGCACAAAGACAGCAAAUUGCCAUUUCUUACAAAACUCAGUUUGGAAAGGACUUGGUUAAGGACCUCAAGAGUGAGCUGAGUGGAAGGUUUGAAGAUGUAAUAAUGGCUCUUAUGACUCCUUUGUCAGACUUUCUGGCUUCAGAACUACAUCAAGCUGUUUCUGGAUUAGGAACAGAUGAACAUGCUUUAAUUGAAAUCCUUUGUACGAGAAAUAAUCAUGACAUUCGUCAGAUAACUGAAGCCUACAAGAAGUUGUAUCGGCAGUCUUUAGAGAGAGAUUUGAUUGGAGAUACAUCAGGUUACUACAGAAGAUUGUUGGUUUCUAUGACUACUGGAGGAAGAGAUGAAGGACCUGCAGAUCCAGCUAAAGCUAAACAGGAUGCUCAGAGUCUUUACAAUGCUGGAGUAAAGAGAUGGGGAACAGAUGAAUCUACAUUUAAUGCCAUCAUGGCAUCUCGAAGCUUUGCUCAUCUAGGCCUUGUAUUUUUGGAAUAUCAGAAAAUAGCAGGACAUAGUGUGCCUCAAGCAAUUGAAAGGGAAUUCUCUGGUGACAUAAAGCAAGGCUUAUUAACCAUAGCACGAUGUGUGGAAAACAGACCUGCAUACUUUGCUGAGAAGCUUCACAAAAGUAUGAAGGGUUUAGGAACUCUUGAUCGUACAUUGAUUCGCAUUGUCACAAGUCGCUGUGAGAUAGACAUGGUACAGAUAAAACAGGAGUAUCAGAAAAUGUUUGGAAAACCCCUAGAAAAGGACAUUUCUGAUGACACUUCUGGCGAUUACAAGCGUGUUUUGAUUGCUCUGAUUGGAGGGGCCUGAUAGAGAGCUAUGACCUUCAUCAAAGUUGUAUUUUUCAUAAAGAAUUCAUACUUAAAUGAUGAAUGCUUGAUAAGUAUAUAAGAAACAAAAUGAAUAUUUUUUGUUUUAUUUUAGGUAAGAGGGAGCUCUAGUUUUGUAGAAUAACAUUUAUGUAUUAAUGUUUCCUUUUCAAACAAUAUAUAUAUAUAUAAAUAACUACAGUAAACCAUCUUGAAAUAUUUCUUGUUACCAUAUUCACUAACAUAUAGCAUGACACAUAUAUUUAUUGUGAUUUCUAUGCUUCCAUAUUAUAUUUUAAAGGUACAAUCAGACAAUCUUUAUUUUAUUGUAUUAUUUCUGUUCACUUUUUGAUAUAAAUUGUUUUUAAUUUUGUUUGAAUUAUGAAUUCCAUUAGUCUUGAUGUUAUUAUUUUACAUGUAAUUUCUUUGAUAUAGCAUUUUAGGAUGGGUAAAAGAAAUAUUUUAUUGCAAACGUUAAUGCAUUUUUUUAUUAUUUAUGUGUUGUUUGUGAGAUUUAUAAUCUUGAUGAUGUCAGAAGUGAGAGGAUUAAUGAUAUUUUACCUAGCUUCAAAAUAAUGACUUACUACUAUAUAACACUGUUAGAUCAUGUUUUACAUAAUACAGAUCUCCACAGAAAAGUAUUAACAAUGGUCACGAGAAAAAUAUAUUGUCAGAGUAUUUUUAAAGCAUAUAACUGAAUUUCUGUGACAUAAAUUAUAAAUAUUCUUUUUAAAUUUUAUUUUGAUAUAGAAAAUUAUUUGUAGAAUUUGGUGAGUAUGAUUUUGGUAUUAAUAAGCAAAAACGUAUUAGGUAAAUCAUUUUUGUUUUGGUCUUGUUAUUCUGUGGAUUGAAAAUUUUAAUUAUUCUGUUACACUUGCUGUUUAGUGUUUAUGAACAGAUAUAAAGCUGAAGUUGUUUAUUGUAUAAGUUAAAAUACUUCAUUAGAAAUAGAUUUAAUGUUCUAUAUUUAUAAGAAAAUAAAACUUUUCUUUUUUACUGGCAUUGCAAUCUGUUGAUUAAUAAAAUGUAUAUUAUAUAAAUAUAAAGAUAAGCAGAACGAAAAGACUUAAUUGCAAUAACAGAUCAUGUUAAUUUCGACUUUUAAAACUUUAUACAUUGCAAAAUAAGAACAACUUGUGACAGAAGUGUGAAUAUUUAUAAAAAGAAUAGUAGUCUUAAAUGUGACAUCUGAAUCAUACAUUAAACAAUAAACUGAAGUUGAGAUAUUAGGUAAAAACUGUUUAUUUAUUAAUUAUGUUUAAUUUUUUCAGGAUUGGAAUAGUUCCUUCACUUUUGAAAGUAUGUUGUGCAUGUGAUUGCAUUUUUGGUGUUUUAAAUUUGCAGAGUGUAAGCUGUUUGUUUCCCCUAGAACCUAAAUCCUUAAUACAAUAGCUAUAUUAUUUGUCAUUCUUUAAUUAUUUGAAUAGUUAUACUUAUAGAAUAUAAAAUAAACUUCACCCUUUAAGAAGGUAUAGAUUUAUCACUAAAGAAACUUGAUUUUCAAUCCAUCCACUUUCAAUUUUAAUCAGUGUUAUUUGUAAUGAAUAAGAGUUUAACUUUGCUACUGAGUGUUUAGUAGUUUGAAAUGACAAUUGAUAUAUCAAUAUACUAAUCAGUUUCUCCAUUCUAGUAAUGCCAAAUUCAUUGAAUUUUGUGAUAACGACGUGACAUUAAUUAAUGUAUGUAAUUGUGACAUUGAUUAAUAAAUUAUAUGGUCAAAUCCAAC